CCGGUCAGAGGUAACCUCGAUCAACUGGCCACACAAAGUCAUGUGGCCACUCUGGUGACAUAGCAGUAAGCUGCCAACACAGAGUGAUCUGUCAUCAUGACGAUGGAUGCAGACCAAGGCCCGGCAGCUUUGCGCCCAACAGUUCCUCCGCCCUCCUCCACCUGCACCCGAAAGAGUCCCUGUUCCUCCCCUGGUCUCAUCAACCACCCUCCCUCAAGCAAUAAGCCUUGUCCUCGUCCAACGAGCCAAUGGUGCUUUUUCGAUAUCCCCAACCCAAAAACAGGAGCAAUUGAUAUGACGCCAAAAAAACACUCCAAGAAAAACAAACACCCUGUACGCCCCGUCCUCGUGCAUGCAAAAAGCUGAAACACGCAGCUCUAAGGGUCUGCCUCAAGUCGCUGGUAAAUGCAAAAUAUG